AUUCUUUUCGAGUCGUAGUUUCGUUCGCAUCAUUUCCUUAAUUAACACACAGCCCGAUUUGUAUCAUCAACGCUCAACAAGGAUUUAGAAAUGAAGUACAUAGCGUUUGGGCUUAUUCUGAUCUGUUGUCUUGCUCAAGCAAUUGAAACGAAUGGAUAUCAUAUAUUUACAAAACAUGUUACAUUGGAGAAGUUAGUUGAACAAGUUAAGAAUGUAUUAAAGACUGGAAACGAGCAACUUGGAAUUCCGGUUGUCGAUCCAUUUAUCGUGGAGCGAACACAGUUCAAAAUAGAACAAAAAGAAAUAAACUUGAAUGUGCUUUUGACGAAUGUCAACGUGUCUGGUUUAUCAGAGUUCAAAGUCUUGGACGGAGAUAUCCAAUUGAUUCCAACUGACCUGAAGUUCAAUAUAAAUCUUACUUGGCCGUUGAUAAUCGGGAGCACUAAUUACAAGACAACAGGCUAUAUCGACGCUUAUUCAUUUUACGGAGAUAGUGAUAUAAACCUGUCUGCGCAGAAUUUCACUUUGGAAACGGAAAUUACUUUCACAGUAAGCGAAAAACAUCUCAAAGUGAAAAAUAUGGAAUUGAAGCUUUCUCUGAAAAAGCUAGAUUUUCGUAUAACAGACCUUCAGAUAUUUUACAAUUACGAGGCCAUUUUAUCGAAUGGCCUAGUGAAUGAAUUGAUAUCUGAGAUGGCACCUGAGUGGUUAGAAGAUGAGACAUUUAUAGACAAUUUGAAACUUUUUGCGAUAAAAAAAAUUGAUGCUUUUCUCUCUAUUAAAACGGCCACGGAAAUAUUGGAAUUUUUAGAAACAAUAUAAAGGAUAGCGUCUUCUCAUCGGUGUUGUAUUUAUGUAUUUAAAUUUAAAAAAGUUUGAUGAAUUAAUUAUAUAAUACAAUGCAAUAAUUAAUUUUAAGAAAUUAGUUAGUCCACUUCGAUUCUUGAAAUAAAGAUUUUGUUCAUAGCAUACUUGAGAGAUUCACAUCAAUGCAUAAUUU